AUGGCUGGUCAGCCCCACAAGCCCCAGCAGCUCCUUGGGGCUACAGGCACGUGAAGCAGGAGGCCAGGGGCAGACCCUGGACCGCUCUCCCAGUCCAGUCCCACCAUGGACUCUGCGUAUGAGAUGGGCCACAUUUGCAAGCUGCGGGCACAGCGCAUGCAGAUGCAGGAGAAGGACUUCACCAAGUGGAUCAACAGUACCUUCCAGCACGGCCGGGUGGGCAUCAAGAUCCAAAACCUGUACACAGAGCUGGCUGAUGGCACCCACCUGCUGCGGCUCAUCUCGGGGGAGGUCCUGCCACCCCCCAACCGGGGCCACAUGCGCAUACACUUCCUAGAGAACAGCACCCGAGCUCUGGCCUUCCUCAGGGCCAAGGUGCCAGUACCCCUCAUUGAGCCAGAGAACAUCGUGGAUGGAGACCAGAUGCUCAUCCUGGGACUCAUCUGGGUCAUCAUUCUGUGUUUCCAGAUUUCCCACAUCUCCCUGGACAGGAAGGAGUUUGUGGCCAGCACAGCCCUGCUGUGGGCCAAAGAGGCUCUGCUGCUCUGGUGCCAGUGGAAGACAGCUGGCUAUGCCAACGCCAACAUCACUGACUUCUCCCGCAGCUGGAAUGAUGGGCUCGGCUUCAGUGCCCUCAUCCACGCCCACAGGCCAGAUCUGCUUCACUACGGCUCCCUGCAUCCCGACCGCCCACUGCACCACCUCCACUGUGCUUUCCGUGUGGCUGAGCAGGAGCUGGGCAUCGCUCAGCUGCUGGACCCCGAGGGUGUGGUGGCCCUACAGCGCGAUGAGCGCUCCAUCAGGACUCACGUCACCUUCUACUACCAACACUUCUCCCACCUGCACCAGGGGCAGACUGUCCAGAGGAGACUCGCGAAGAUCCUGCUUCAGCUCCAGGAGACAGAGGCACUGCAGACCCAGUGUGAGCAGCUGGUGGCCGACCUCCUGUGGUGGAUCGCGGAGAAGCCGGUGCAGCUGGAGGCCCGGGAUUUCCCAGACACCCUGCCAGGCAUGCGCCAGCUGCUGGUGGCCUUUGCCUCCUUCCGCACCCAGGAGAAGCCACCGAGGCUGCAGCAGCGAGGGGCCACGGAGGCCCUGCUCCUCUGGCUGCAAAUGGCACUCCGAGCCCAGAAUCGAAGGCACUUCCUGCCACACGAGGGCCUGGGCCCUGCAGAGCUGUCCCAGAGCUGGGCAGGUCUGGAGCAGGCAGAGGCCUCGUGGAGCCAGGCCCUACAGCAGAGGUUCCUGCAACUAGAGAGGUUGGAAACCUUGGGCUGGCGCUUCCAGCGUAAGGCAGCUCUCCAGGAGAGCUUUCUAACAGACACAGAGCAGGUGCUGGACCGGGCUGCAGCCCCACCAGCCAGCCCAGCCACAGUGGAAGCGGCCACCCAGAGGCUGCGCAUGCUGGAAGCCGGCUUCCUGCCCCAGGAGGGGUGCUUCCAGGCCCUGGCCGAGAUUGCAGACAUCCUCCAGCAGGAGCACUACCAUGGCUGGGCAGAGGUGGCCUGCAGGCAGUUGGAGAUCACUCAGCGCUGGGAGCGUCUCCUUCCACGGCUGCAAGGGCAGAGGAAGCAGACGGCAGGCAUGCAGGCUGUGCUGAGCCUGCUGAAGGAAGUAGACUGCCUCCAAGUGCUGGCCAGCUCCACGGCCUGUGGGCAGCAGCUGGCAGAGGCAGUGGAGCUGCUUCAGGGGCAUGACCUGCUGGAGGCCCAGAUCUUGGCCCAUGGUGCCCACGGGAGCCAUCCUGCCCACCAGACAACGGAGCUGGAUUCUUCCCUAGGCACUAGUGUGGAAGAGCUGCAGGCCAAGGCCAGGAUGCUGGCCCAGCUCCACCAGAGCCUGGUGUCUCUUGCCAGGUCCCGGCGGGCCUUGCUGGUGCAGACCCUGCAGCGGGCAGAGCUCCUGCACAACUGUGAGGAGGAGGAAGCCUGGUUGAGGGAGCGGGGACAGCUGGUGGAGGAUGCGGCCCUGGGCCCGGAUCUCAGGCAGAUCGCUGCGGCCCUGCAGCAACACAAGGCCCUAGAAGCCGAGCUCCGCCGCCACCAGGCCGUGUGCACUGAUCUCGUGCGAAGGGGACGCGACCUGGGCGCACGCGGGCCCCGAUCGCCGGAUCCCCGGGAACGGGCCGCGGUGGUGCAGAGCGCGUGGCAGAGGCUCUGGGCCCGGGCAGCGGGGCGGGGCGCGCGGCUGCAGGCGGCCCUGCUCGUCCGGCAGUACUUCGCUGACGUGGCGGAGGCAGCCUUGUGGCUCCGGGAGCGGCGGUCAGCGCCGGAGAGCACGUCCUUCGGGCAGGACCAGGCGGCCGCUGAGGCCCUGCUGUGGCGCCACCUGCGGCUCGAGCGCGCAGUGCGCGUCUUUGGGGCCGAACUGCUGCGAUUGGAUGAGCCCGCGCCGGCGGCCGCAGCCCCGGGGGCAUCGUCGCUCCUGGUGGUGUCUGCCCUGAGCUCUCCGAAAGAAGGCCCAAGAAACCCAGGGGCCCCGCGUGAGGUUUCCUGCUACUCUGGCCCCCGGGGCACCCAGAAGAUGGCCCUCCCAGAUGAGCCUGACCCUGACUUUGACCCCAGCACCAUCCUCCAGACACAGGACCACUUGAGCCAGGACUAUGAGGGCCUGCGGACCCUGGCAGAGCACCGCAGGGCCCGGCUGGAGGAGGUGGUGGCCCCGUUUGGCUUCUAUGGCUCCUGUGGGGAGCUGCAAUCCUGGCUGGCAAACCAGACAGUGCCGUUCCGAACACUGCAGCCCCAGGACAACUUGGAGGUCAUGCAGCUCAAGUAUGAGGUACAGCCUGGAAUCUCUUUCCCCCCAAAAUUCCUCACUGCCCUGGCUGUGGGAAGAGGCCUCUGGGCUGAGGUUAGCAGCUCCACUGAACAGCUGAAGCAGAGAUGUCCUGGAGAUUUCCCCAAAAUCCAGCGACAGCAGGAGGACCUGAGCUGGAGGUGGGAGCAGCUGGAGGCCCUGAAGAAAGAGAAGGAAACACGGCUGGCAUGCACCACACAUGUGUGCAGUUUCCUGCAGGAGUGUGGAACCACAUGGGUCCAGCUGCAAGACAUGAUACUCCAGCUAGAAACCCCAGAGCCGGGGCACUUAGAGGACAGCCACCGCGUCCUGCAAGUGAGCCAGCAGAAGAUGCUGGCGCGGGAGAGAGGCGAAGGGCAGCCAGCGAGUACGGCCUGGGUUCGGGUCGAGGAGCUGGGCCCCACAGAGAGCCAGUCCCUGCAGGGACAGGUGGAGACGCCACAGGGGCUGCUGGAGCGAGUGCAGGAGCAAGUGACCUGACGGGCCUGGGCCCAGGCCAAGGCACAGGCCUGCCAGGGCUUCCUGCAGGGGAGCCGGUGGCUGCUGCAGGCAGGCGGUAUCCGGGCUCAGCUGCACAGCGAGGAAGAGGAGGUGGUGGGCGUGGCCUCAGCGCAGCGGCUUCUGGCAGACCAUCAAGACCUGCUGGAGGAGAUUCACCUGCAGCAGGAGAGGGCGGGCUGCAGCAGCUGGAGGCUCGGGGCCAGCCCAUUGGCAGCCUUGGACUCCCCGGACUCCCGAGGGGCGGCCAGUACCCUGAGGCUCCUGGGCCAGCAAGGCAGGGAGUUGAAGGCCACCUGGAAGCAAAGACAGCAGCGGCUGCAGGAGGGGUUGAAGUUGCAGAGGUUUGGUCGAGAAGUGGAUGUUUUCACUGCCACCUGUGCCAACCACGAGCCCUUCCUACAGCUGGACAGCUUCGCGGAGGACGUGGGGGAGGCCCAGAGCCUGCUGCAGCGGCACCAGGAGUUUGAGUGGCUCCUGGAUGCCCUGGGCCCUCAAGCAGAGGAUCUGCGGGCACGUGGCAAGAAGCUGGCUCAGAGCCAACACAGCUCCAGGGAAUGGAAGCAGGACGUGCCAGAGGUGAUGCUGUGGAUGGAGGAGAAGUGGCGGAUGCUGGCGGACGAGCCAUCCCAAGAGCCUGGCAACAUCCUGCAGAAACUCAGGUGGCACAAAACAGCUGAGCGUGAGCUGGUGGCCACCCAGGGGCACGUGGAGGGCCUGCAGCAGGUUGGGAGAGAGCUGUUGAGCAGCAGGCACCGUGCCCAGGAGGACGUGCAGACCUGGCUUCAGGGCCUGAGCAGCAAGUGGGAAGAGUUGAACCGCCAAAUGGCAGAGCAUGGGAAGCAGCUCCGGUGGGCUCGGCAGCAGGACCAGCUCCUGGGGCUGCUGCAGGAAGCCAAGGAGAAGAUGGAGCAGCUAGAGGGGCCCCUGCAGAGUGCAGAAAUGGGGCAGGACCUGGACUCAAGCCGGGGGCUGCAGAGACAGCACCGUCAGCUGGAGGCCGAGAGCCAGGCACUGGCCGGCAAGAUGGCUGCCCUCGUUCCCCAGGCCCACCAGGUGGUCAAUACCCAGACCAUCGUGGAGGAGACCCAAAAGUAUCUCCAGAUGUUCGAGUCCCUUCGGGGAUGUCUGGCCGCCCGGCGACUGCAGCUGCAGGCCUCCGUUGAGCUGUGCCAGUUCCACCACCUGGGCGACAUGGAGCUCACUUGGGUGGCAGAGCACAUGCCUGCACCCGGCGCUGCCUCCGAUAAAUACUUGAAUGGUGCCCACUCCCCUCAUGCUGUUCUGUGGCAGGAGCUCCGCGCAGAGGUGAAAGCCCACCGGGGACAGGUGCGAAGGUUGCUGGGUUCCGGCCGCAGCCUUGCAGCCUCAGGGCGCCCCCAGGCCCAGCACAUCGUGGAGCAGUGCCAGAAGCUGGAAGGCCGCUGGGCGGAGCUGGAGCAGGUCUGUGAGGCGCCAAGCCUCUUUUUGCUUUUCCUGGACGUAUCAGAGCUGGAGGAGUGGGUGAAGGAGAAGUGGCCUCUGGUGAGCAGUCAGGACUGUGGUGGGGAUGAGACAGCCAUGGUCAGGCUCAUCAAGAAGCACUAGGUAAUCAGCGAGCAAACUGGCUCUUAUUGGAGCUCCAUGGAGGAGCUUGACCAGAGACCCCAAACCCUCACUGGCCCCGAGGCCCCUGUGCAGCUGGGCAUGGUGCAGGAGAGGCCCCGGGAGGGGCUGCGGGCACUGCAGGAGUUGGCAGCCACACGGGACCGGGAGCUGGAGGGGACCCUGAAGAUGCACGAGUUCAUGAGGGAGGCCGAGGACCUGCGGGGCUGGCUGGCCAGCCGGAAGCAGGCAGUCAGAGGAGGAGAGAGCCUUGGGGAAGAGGACGUUCUGCGCUUCUGCACCAAGUUUGCAAAGUUUCAGCACCAAGUAGAGAUGGGGGGCCAACGGGUGGCAACCCGCCAGCGACUGGCAGAGAGCCUGCUAGAAUGUGGGCACAGCGCUGCCCCUCAAGCCCGUCAGAUGCAGCAAGAUCUGGCUGCCUGGUUGGAGCUGUGGGCGCUGACCCAGGCCCACGGCCGCCUGCUCCGAGAUGCUGAGAUCACCCUGAAAGUUCACAGAGAUCUGUUGGAAGCCCUCACCCAGGUCCAGAAAGCCACAAGCCUCCCCUGUGGUGUGGCCUGGGACCUGUGUGGGCUGGGGGCCCAGCUGAGGAGACACGAGGGGCUGGAGCAUGAACUCAUGGGCACUGAGUGGCAGCUGCAGGAGCUGCUGGAGACUGGAGGAAUGGUGCAGAAGCUGGGGCCCGGGCCUCAGGCCCAAGCGGUGCAGCAGAGGCAGUGGGCCCUGGUGCAGGCUUGGGAGGCCCUAAAGCUGCAUGUGGAGCAGCACCGGGCCCAGCUGGAGCGGGCGUGGCUCCUGGCCCGCUUCCAUGCAGUGGUGAGGGCUCUUCCCUCCCCAGGCUCUCGGAGCCGUGAGCAGCUGCAGGUGGAGGAGGUCUCCCAGGAGCCCGGCAGUGGCCUGCUGAAGCUCAGCGCCCACCAGUAGCUUCGGGCAGUGCCGGAGGCCCAGGCGGAGCUGCACCGGCAGGCUGCCCAGGUGGGCCGGCAGGCACUUUUGGCUGCAGGGACAUCCAUCAAGGAGGUCCAGGAAGGGCUGCAAGUCCUGCGGGACAAGCAGCAACAGGUGUUCCAGGCCUGGGAGCAGAAACAGGAGAGGCUGCAGGCCAGGCACCGGGAGCAGCUCUUCCUCAGAAAGCGUGGCCACCUGGACGAGACGCUCACGGCCCGGGAGGUCUUCCGGAGAACCAGUGCCCUGGGGAGCUCCGUGGAACAGGUGGAGCAGUUGAUUCACAAGCAUGAGACAUUCCAGAAGGUGCUGACUGCCCAGGACGAGAAGGCGGCUCUGUGUGAGCAGGUGAAGAUGCUCGGGGGCCCCAGGGCGCAGGACCUGCUCCGCAGCGUGCUGGAGCACCGGGCUCGGGUGGAGGAGCUGGCGGAGAGCCGGGGACACACCCUGCACGCCUCCCUGCUGAUGACGGCCCUCAUCAGGGCCGCCUUCCAGGCCGAGGACUGGAUCCAGGAGUGACUCCAGCAGCUGAAAGAACCAGUCCCUCCUGGGGACCUGAAAGAUAAGUUGAGGCACGUGCCGAAACACCAGGCCUUCGAGGCUGAGGUCCAGGCCCAUGAGGAGAUGAUAACCUCUGUUGCCAAGGACACGGUGGAUGAUGCCCACAUCAGGAGCAUCAAUGACUUGUCCCUGCAGUUCAAGAACCAGGACCCUGAGCAACUCAACACCACCUGCCAACGGUGACAGCCGCUCAACAACAGGUGGAACAGUUUCCAUGGCAACCUGCUCUGCUACCAGCGGCAGCUUGAAGGGGCCCCGGAGAUACACACGUUGUCCCAAAAGCUGGAUGACCUCACUCAGCAGAUCGGGGAGAAGGCCACCCUGGUCCAGGCCCUGGACUGUGGGAAAGAUCUGGAGAGCACGCAGAGGCUGAGGCGGAAACACGAGGACUUGGAGCAGGAAAUAGGCCUCGUCCAGGCCCAGGUGGAGCCUGUAGAGCAUGAGGUAGGCCGCUUCUGCCAGAGAAGCCCUGAGGCCGCCCACACCCGCCGCAAGCAGCAGGCGAUGAUGGGCAGCCGGUGGCAGCUCCGGAGUGGGGCCCAGAAGCGGAAGGAGUCGGUGGAUGCCUUGCACCAAGCUCAGAAGCAGCAGGCAACGCUGCAGGAAUUGCUGAUCUGGGCCCAGAGGCUGCGAGCUGAGAUGGACACCCAGAACCCCCAGCAGCCUUGCGAUGUCCAGAGCAUGUUGGAGGAAUGCCAGGAUCGCAAGGCCGAGCUGGAUGCCCAAACAGACAGCAUCAGCCUGGCCCGAAGCACUGGGCAACGACUGCUUGCCGCCGGGCACCCACCCACCCCUGACAUCCGCCAGGCCCCGGCUGGUCAUCAGUGCGUGGAGCUGAACAGCCUGGAAGGGGCCCGGCAGGAACACCAGCUCCAGCUGCAUCAGGCCUUGGAGCUACAGCUGGCUCUGAGCUCUGCGGAGCAGGUGGAAAGUUGGCUCUGCAGCCUGGAAGCCUGCCCAGCCAGUGAGGGUCUCGGGGACUCCUUGCCUGAUGUGGAAACACUGCUGUGGAAGCAGAAGAUGCAUGAGCGAUACCUGGAGGCACAGGCGGAGAAGGUCAGCGCGCUAGAAGCCUCCACCCGCAGCCUGCACCAGGGUGGACAGCCCGAGGCCCAGGGUGCCCUGGGCCGGUGCCAGGCCAUGCUCCUGAGGAAAGAGGCACUCCUGGAGCAAGCCAGGACCCGUCGCCGCCAGCUGGAGGAGCUCGGGCAGCUGCAGCCCUUCCUGCAGGGUUCCUACGAGGUGGCCGCAUGGCUGAGGGAGAAGAACCUGGUGGUCCUGGAAGAGGGCUGGCAGGACCCAGCCGGGCUGCAGGCACAGUUGCUGGCCGAGCAGGACACGAGUGUACACCACCAGCAAAGGCUGCAGACGGAGGGGCAGGGGCUGCUGCGGGAUGGCCUCACAUCCUCAGAGACCAUGCAGGAGUGGUUGCAGGAGCUGAGAGAACUCUGGGAGGAGCUACAGGCCAACUGCCAGAGGAAGGCAGCCAAGCUACAGGAGGCCUGUGAGGCCCUGCGUCUCCGGCAGAGCGUGGAGGAACUGGAGAAGUGGCUGGAGCCCGUGGAGCUCAAACUGAGAGCCCCCAUCGGGGGCCCAGAGCAGCCCGCUCUGGACGAGCUCCUGGGGGCUCAGGGAGAGCUGGACAGGCAGGCCGGGCACGCACAGGCCUUUGUCCGGGAAGGCCACUGCCUGGCCCAAGCUGUGGAAGAGCAGGCCCAGCAGCUGCUUCAGCAGUUCGAGAGCCAGCAGGCGCCCCUGCAGGAGCACAGGACAGCCCUGGAGGCCCAGAGCCCCCUCCUGCAGUCCUUCAAGGAUGCCGACGAGGAGAUGGCCUGGGUGCGGGAGAAGCUGUCCCUGACGGCCACCUGGGACUGCGGCCAGAGGCCCAGCGCCCUGCGGCGCCUUCAGGAGAAGUGCCAGAACCUGGAGACUGAGAUAAGCAGCCCCAAGGCUCUGACCCGGGCGGCGGUGGGCACAGGGUGCGAGCUGGUGCAGGCGGGGCACUUUGCUGCCCGCGACGUGGCUGCCCAGGCGCUGCAGCUGGAGGAUGCCGUGGGCCGCCUGCAGGCAGAGGCUGCACAGAGGCGACAGCAGCUGCAGCAGGCUCAGGAGGCCCAGCAGUUCCUGAUGGAACUCCCAGAGGCAGAAUCCUGGCUGGAAGAAUGGGGCUGUGUUCAAGAACGGGACAUUGAGGAUCUAGGCCAGAGUGCCGAGGCCACGCAGGCCUUUCUGCGGUGGCUGGAGGCCACCAGGAGAGACCUGGAGGGGCUCAGCACACGCAUCGAGAGGCUGCAGCAGACAGCAGCCCUCCUCGAGAGCAGGCAGAACCCAGAAAUCCCCAAGUUGCUCGCCCUGAUGCUCGCAGUGAGGGACACCCACUCGGGGCUGUUGCAGAGAGCGGAGGGCAGGGGGCAAGGCCUUUGGGAGCAGCUGCAGCUCCACCAACUGGAGCGGGAAGCCCUGCUCCUGGGCGCCUGGCUGGCCAGCAAGGUGGCCUCUGCCGAGUCCCAGGACUACGGGCAGGACCUGGAGGCCGUCAAGGCGCUGGAAGAGAAGUUCGACGCUUUCAGAAAGGAAGUCCAGUGCCUGGGACAGGCCAAUGUGCAGGCCCUGCGGAAGCAGGCAGGCUCCUUGGGAUGGGCAGCACCCAGGUGCUCUCCCCAGAUCCAAGGGCAGCGGAGUCACAUCGAGGCCAUUUGGGAGAGACUGGACCGGGCAGUGAAAACCCGCACACAGAACCUGGCCAUGGCCCGUGAGGUCUGCGGCUUUGAGCAGGUAGCAGCCGAGCUCCGGGGCUGGAUGCAGGAGAAGGUGGCCCUGGUGGCAAGAGAUGCCUGUGGCCGCAGCCCGGUGCCGGUGCAGACCCUGCAGCAACAGCACUGAUGCCUGGAGGGGGAACUGGCAGCGAUGGAAAAGGAGGUGGCCCAGGUGCAGAUGGAGACCUGCCAGCUGGGCCAGCUACACCCUGUGGCUCAGGAGGGCCUGGCCAAGCAACUGGCUGAGGUUCAGGAGGCCUGGGCCACCCUGAAUGCGAAGGUCCAGGAGCGGGGUCGGCAGCUGGAGGAGGCUGCCCAGGGCCACGCCUUCCUCGGACGCUGUCGGGAACUGCUAGCAUGGGCUCAGGAGAAGCAGGGGCUGGUGUCCUCAGAGGAGCUGGCUGGGGAUGUGUCUGGGACCGAGCGGCUCCUGGAGCUGCUGGAGGAGCUGGGGCAACAAAUCAAGGGGCACUGCCGUCAAGCCCAGGAUGUACAGCAGGAAGGGCAGCAGCCGGUGGACAAUGGCCGCUUCAUGUCCCUGGAGGUGACAGAGUGCCUGCAGGAGCUGGACGGUCGGCCGCGGGCACUCAGGGAGGCCUGGGCCCUGCACCAGGAGCGCUGUGAGGGGAGCUGGUGUCUGCAGAAGCUUCAGCAGUGGCUGGACCAGGCCAAGGCCCGGCUGGCCUGCCGGGAGGACCUCCUGCUGGACCCCAACUGCAGGCGCUCGGUGUCAGAUGUGGAGUGGCUGCUCCGCAGACACCAGGACUUAGAAAAGCUGCUGGCUGCCCAGGAGGAGAAGUUUGCUCAACUGCAGAGGAAGGCAGGGGUGGAACAGAAGCCACAGAUGAAGGAGCUGAAAGCCGGGAGAGGUGGCAGCGGGCUGACCUCCUUCCAGCAGAGCCCUUGGGAAGCUGGUGGCCUGGAGCACAGCUGA